AUGUCGGACGUGAGGGACAGCAGGACACAUUUGGGGUCGUCGACGCCUACAGAAGGCAUGCCAGCAUUCUAUAAUGAAAUAUCCUCGCUUCAAGACAGUCUGCGAACUUUCAAUGACAAUGUCACGCGAAUUAGCGAUCUCCAUUCGCGCUCCCUGAACAACAUGGACGAUGCCGCUGCGCAACGUAAUGCCGCUCAGUUGGACGAGCUUGUCGAGGAUACCAGCGCCCUCAGUGCAACGCUCAAACGCCGGAUAAAGGCGCUAGAGGCCCAGGGAGGUCCGGGUCGGGAUGGACAAAUCAGAAAGCAACAGACAGCCUUGGUGAAGUCAAAAUUCGUGGAGGCUAUCCAGAAUUACCAAUCUGUGGAGCAACAAUACCGCACGAAGUACAAGCAAAGAAUGGAGAGGCAAUUUAAGAUUGUUAAACCUGAUGCGACCCCAGAGGAAGUCCGUGCUGUCGUCAACGACGAGCAAGGUGGCCAAAUCUUCAGUCAAGCUUUGUUGAAUUCCCGUUUCACGGAAUCCCGCGCCGCUUACCGUGAAGUUCAGGAAAGGCAUGAGGAUAUCAAACGAAUUGAAAAAACGCUCGGAGAGCUUGCACAGCUAUUUAACGAUAUGAGCGUUCUCGUUGAACAGCAGGACGAGACAAUAAAUGCCAUUGAAACUCAGGCAGCAGGAGUAGAAAAAGACACUGAGAUUGGGUUGCAAUACACUUCAAAAGCCGUCGAUUCAGCACGUGCGGCACGCAAGAAGCGCUGGAUCUGUUUCUUCAUCAUUCUCGUUAUUCUGAUCAUCAUUGCGAUAGUCGUCGCCAUCGAGGUGACUAAAAACCUCAAUACGAACAAAACAACCACUGCUGCUCCCGCUGCCUCUUCUGUACGUUUUUUUUUUUGA